AUGGACCUUCUCAGGGAUUUUGGUUAUCUAGAUUGCAAGCCUCUCUCUACCCCAUUUGAUUAUAGUCAGAAACUCUCAAAGGAAUCAGGUACCAUUUUAAUAGACAACACUGUUUAUAGACAGCUCAUUGGUCGACUCCUUUACCUCACAAACACUAGACCCGAUAUCUUUUAUGAUGUGGGACGUUUGAGCCAAUUUUUGGACUGUGCAACCACUUCUCACCUACAGGCUGCUUUUCGCAUCCUCCGAUAUUUAAAAGGCCGACCUGCAACUGGUCUCUUCUUCUCCUCUACUUCUAAUAUGCAUCUCACUGGAUUUGCCGACGCUGACUGGACUACCUGUGCCGAUACUCGUCGCUCUAUUUCCGGUUAUUGCUUCAUGCUUGGGAACUCUCUCAUUAGCUGGAAGAGUAAGAAGCAAACCAUAGUUGCCAAGUCCUCUGCAGAAGCUGAAUAUAAGUCUCUUGCUGUUGCCACUUGUGAAGCUAGUUAG